AUGUAUAACCUAAAUCAAUUCUUUUAUAUUCAAAUGCCGAAUAUAUUGCUUACUUAUAAUAUAUAAAGAAAGCAAAAGAGAGAGUUGAUUAAUGAUACUAUUGAGAGAGAUGAAGAAAGAGGCAUUUUAUCAAAUAUAAUUACACCUUAAUUAGAUUCGAAAUAAACACAUAAAUUCUUAGAAGGUUUGGCUAAAAUAAUAAAUAUAAAUUAGAAAAAAAAAGUUUACCUAAAAGGAAUUUGA